AUGUCGGUUGUUUUUUUUUCAGUUAUCAGUAGAAAGUGUCCUGGUCUAUAUUGUGGAAGAGUGAAUCCAGGGGCUGAAUGUGGGGCGUGUCCCCGUGGUUAUCAACCUAAUGAAAACUCGCUGUGUAUCAGAUGUGAAAAUAAGCCUACAUUUUAUGAUUGGUUAUAUAUGGGCUUCAUGGCUCUGUUAUCACUUUGUUUACAUUGGUUUUAUAUAGACUAUAAAACUAGGGGUAAAAGGUCUGUGUUGAUAUUACAUAUCAGUGCCUUGGUAGAGAGUGUUGUAGCAGGAAUAGUAACGUUGGUACUAGCAGAUCCUAUAGGACCACUGGAGAUUAGAUCGUGUCCUGUGAACCACCUAGCUGAUUGGUACACUCUCCUGUAUAAUCCUAGUCUAAACUAUACUACUACAUUACAUUGUAGUCAGGAGAUAGUCUAUCCACUAUAUACUCUAGGAAUGAUAUACUAUGCUUUCUCUAUAGCACUAUUAUUAAUAAUACGACCUAUAGUGUCAUGUAAACUAGCGGAUGGCCGGGGAAACAAGUCUAUUUAUGCUGCCCUGUAUUUCCUACCUAUAUUAAUAGCAGUGAAUGCUGUUGCUGCAGGAUUGUUAUAUUAUGCCUUCCCUUCUAUAAUUUUAAUAGCCUCAGUUGUAACCAGUGCUUUUCAUUUAUCUUGUAUGGAUGAUCAGAGUUUAAUUAAAAACAGUUUAACGAACCCUAGAAAUAUCAUCAUAAUAUUAGGACAUUGGGUGUUACAUGCGUACGGUAUAAUAUCAUUAACUAGACUAACACAGCCUGUAUUUCACGCCCCCCUCAUAGCCCUAGUUCCCUUCCCUGCCAUAUUUUAUAUACUUACUGUUCGAUUCUCAGACCCUGAUAACUUGGAGAAAGUUUAG